AUGUCAGGAUCCGAUAUUGUUUCACACUCAGCGUGUGGAACGUUGUCGGAUUUGAAGAGUUUGAUAUUGAGCAAGUUCGGUGGAACACAAGCGAGGGAAAUCGGAAGAGUGGCAUAUAGGUUGUUGGCACCCAUGGAAAAUGGAGUAUUUCGGUUUCGACUAUUCCGACUUCACGAGGACGAGCAUGUGCGACUGAUGAUUGACAUUCAUGGGAGGAUCAUGUGUGAACAGGUAAUGGAGCUGUCCGCCGAGGUGGGUCACGGUGGUAGUGGGGGUUUCGCACACGAAACAUAUGUGCAGGACGACCGACCUCUCGCACCACCGCCCAUUCAUGUCGUUAUUCCGGAGCAUGAGGCAGAGGAGGGUGAGGAGGAUUCGGAUGAGGAUUACGUGGUGGACAGUGGGGAUAGUGAGUCUUCCGAUAGUGGCGAUGGGGAUGAGUUUUUGCCGGAGACACCUGUAGGGGCUGUGCCACGCCAUGUGCUGCCUCCACCUUACCCGAUUUCGGCGCUAUCGGCUGUGCCAAGUCACUAUCACAGUCUAGAUCUGGACGCCAUGCAUGAGAGGAUCCCGAUUUGUGACACCUAUGGAAUGGAUUACAACCUAGACGGCAGUGUGGAGUUUCGGGUCAGACACAGGUUCAGAAGCCGAGAGGCGGUGCUUCAAGGUAUGAAGAACUACAGUAUUCGCAUGAAUGCUGAGUACCGGGUGAUCGAGUCCGACCGGUUAAAGGAGGUUCGGAGGUUUGGUGGACCACACAGCUGUCUGGCACCCAUCAUGUCUCAAGACCAUCGCAAGUUAGAUAGCAGUCUCAUCUACAAAGUCAUCUUACCCUUGAUUCAGUCCUACCCGUCUGUGAGUAUCCCGGUCUUGCAAGUUGCGGUCCAAGCAAGCUAUCACUUAAAAUCCUCAUACAGAAAGGUGUGGAUGACAAAGCAGAAGGCAAUUGCACAGAUCUACGGUGAUUGA